AUGGACAAGCGUCACCCCAGCUCCUUCCAGCAGCUCGAAAAGCUCGGUGAGGGUACCUAUGCCACCGUCUUCAAAGGCCGCAACCGCCAGACGGGCGAGUUUGUUGCUCUCAAGGAGAUCCACCUCGAUUCCGAAGAGGGCACCCCCAGCACUGCCAUCCGUGAGAUUUCGCUUAUGAAGGAGCUUAAGCACGAAAACAUAGUCCGCCUGCACGAUGUCAUCCACACCGAGAACAAGCUCAUGCUGGUCUUCGAAUUCAUGGACAAGGACCUGAAGAAAUACAUGGACUCCAGGGGCGAGCGCGGCAUGCUCGAUCCCGUCACCAUCAAAUCUUUCAUGCACCAGCUGCUCCGCGGUAUCGCUUUCUGCCACGACAAUCGAGUCCUCCACCGCGACCUCAAGCCUCAGAACCUGCUGAUCAACAACAAGGGUCAGCUCAAACUCGCUGACUUUGGUCUUGCUCGUGCCUUUGGCAUUCCCGUUAAUACCUUCAGUAACGAGGUCGUAACGCUCUGGUACCGCGCCCCUGAUGUCUUGCUGGGCUCGCGCACUUACAACACCUCGAUCGAUAUCUGGUCUGCUGGCUGCAUCAUGGCUGAGAUGUAUACGGGUCGUCCACUGUUCCCCGGAACCACCAACGAGGACCAGUUGCAGAAGAUCUUCCGUCUCAUGGGCACCCCUUCGGAACGCUCAUGGCCUGGCAUCUCUCAGUUCCCAGAAUACAAACCCAACUUCCCUGUCUACGCAACCCAAGACUUGCGCAACAUCCUGCCACAAGUUGAUCCUGUGGGCCUUCAGUUGCUGAGCGCUAUGCUGCAGCUCCGCCCGGAGCUCCGCAUUUCUGCCACACAAGCCCUUCAGCACCCUUGGUUUGCUGAUCUACAACAGCUGAGGCAGCAACAGGCUCAUAUGCAUCAACAGCACAUGCCUGGUGUACCCAACACCCAACGCGCUUAUUAG